AUGGCCGUUCAACCUCGCAUUUUUCCGACUAAAGGCUUUGGUCUACUCCCGACGAAUACCAGAUUUGAGGAAGAGAGACUUGUCGGGUAUCAAGCCAACGACUUCUAUCCCGUCAGGCUAGGAGAAGUGUUUCAAGCAAGAUAUCAAGUCGUCGCAAAGCUGGGCUUUGGCACCGCUUCUACCGUUUGGCUAUGCCGCGAUCUCCAGUUGAGUGAGUUCUGGCGCUUUUCGAUCUGCAUCAGUGGGGAAGGCCAGACACAAGAGGUGGCAAUCUCAAAUCACUUCAAGUCUAUACAUACUGAGCAUCCCGGUAAAUCGCAUAUGCGCAUAGCUCUGGAAGAUUUUGAGGCCAAGGGACCGUACGGAGUUCACCAGUGUCUGGUGUUCCCGUGCCUAGGCAUGAGUCUGUCGAACCUGCGAGAUUUGUUCGAGGACAGGUCUCUCGACAAAACUCUGCUGCAAAAGUUCUUGCUUAUGAUCUUGACUGGAUUGGACUUUAUGCACCAGGCAGGAGUAGUACAUACCGAUUUGUCGCCAAACAACAUCUUGGUCGGGGCCGACGACGCUACAAUAGCGAAAGUUGAGCACGCUGAGAUCAAAAGUCCAUCGCCGCGCAAGGUAUUAAUGGAUCGUACCAUCCAUCUGUCUUAUGCUAUGCCGACGACCUUUGACCCGCCAGUUAUUACGGACUUUGGCGCUGCCCGUUUAGGAGAGCCCGAUCAAAAGCACUCGGGCGAUGUGAUGCCAGCAGUUUUCCGAGCACCAGAAGUCAUCGCUGGCAUGCAAUGGGACUCGAAGAUAGACAUUUGGUCUGUCGGUGUCAUGAUCUGGAACUUGCUGGAAGAUGGCAAUCUUUUCGAGCCCUUCAAAGACGGCGAGCUUGAUGAUGAGUUACACCUCGCUCAGAUGGUUUCUCUGAUAGGAGCUCCGCCAAAGCAGUUCUUGGAGCGGAGCGAGAAAUGUCGCAAAUGGUGGAAUUCUGAAGGUGUUUGGAUCGGUGCGACGGCCAUCCCUAGUCAGACUCUAGAAUCGCGUGAGAUACGCUUGAAAGGCCAAGACAGAGAAUUGCUGCUCGCUCUCGUACGCAAAAUCUUGAGAUGGCUUCCAGAAGAACGGCCAUCGGCGGAAGAGCUUUUCGAAGACGAUUUCAUAGGUCAGUUUAUAAGUCAGGUUAAGCCUACCCCUUUAUGA